UGAAACAAAAAUGAAAACUUCCUUAUAUGCAUUCAUAUAAAAGAAAUCAGUACAGCUGAAUUAACAUGGAAAUAAAUAUUAUCCGGUUAAUGUAAUUGAAGAUGUGUCAUAUGUUGCAGAAAUAAAACGAAAUUGGACCAUGAAUGAUGAUUUCAAGAAUUUUUAUAAGUUUUUUUUUCCAACUUAGUCAUUCCUGUUUAACUCACGGAUGAAAAUGGGGCGUUUUUGCGUGAUUGGAAUACUUGUUAUAAUAGUUUCAGCUCAAGUCAGACAGAGAUUUGCUUAUACAAAUUAUACCAUACCUUGUGUGUUGGGCACGUCUUGUAUACUUCCCUGCAAAAUGGACCCAUAUCAAAAGAAUGCCUCUGUCUCAUGGUUGAACAGCAAUGAAGAAUAUCUUACACGAGGUAAAACUAUAAUAAAUCCGGAUUCGACAUAUUUAGGAAUUGAGAAAUCUGCAAAUAACACAUGGAAUCUUCAUAACAAAAAUGUAACCAGAAAUUUUGCUGGAACAUACAAAUGCGAAGCAAAAAUUGGAAGUAAACAGAUGACGCUCUCCGUGGUUACACUUGUUAUUGAAAGUAAACCAACACUUGAUGAAAGAAACUCUUCAGGUUCAAACUCAAAGUUUAAGGAGGGUGAAGAUGCCGAACUUAACUGCGUGUUUGACGGGUCACCGGCACCAGAAAUAAAAUGGCACCGCGGUAGAUCCAUGGAGAUUAUCGAGGGUCUUGAAGGGUCCAAGUUAAAUAUCCGGAAUGUGACGAGGUAUAGUCAGGAUAAUUACAAGUGCAAUGCUUCAAACAAACACGGAUCCGCAAUAAGACACAUGUUUCUAACAGUUGAAUUCGGACCGGAAGUGUCUGUGGUGACGUCACUUAUUCGUGCUACAGAACAUGAAAAUGUGAUAAUGAGAUGCAUUGUUCAGGCUUCGCCAAUGGGUAAAGCGUAUUGGAAAUUCGAAGGAAAGAAAAUUAAUAUUAAUAAAAGUCUCAUCUAUGAGUUAGAAGAGAAUCAGUGGGCUGAUGAUAUUCCGGUGAAGCUUAUUCAGUUAAAAAUAAAGCUGAUAAGGAAAAAUGACCAGGGCAAUUAUACGUGUCACGGUAGUCGGAAGGACGGCAAUCACGAGGAAACUGCUACUGUUCAACUCAUAAUCUGAGACUGAAAAUUAAUGUUGUCAUAGAAUCAACAACACAAACAACAAUCAUGCAAAAUUUGUUAAACCACCAAGUUUGCGGGAUUUACGUAAUUUAGUAACUCAUUCUUGAUUGACUAUGUACAUUAAUAAAAUAAUGAUAAUUGUAGGUUAUGGUAUUGGUAGUAAAAAAUAGGUAUAUUUGCAUAUAGACAUCAGCAAAUUUAAAACACCAUUUUUUAAAUUAUAAUUGUGUUGUUGUUUGUGUUUUUUUCCUCUCCCUUUCGUUCAUGCAACUGUUAACUCGAGGCUUUUUUCACUAAUCGAUAAUCGUCUGAAUGAUUUUUUUAUUGAGGGGUCACGUGGAAAAAAGAUUUUGAAUGUAGUCAAGACUGGAGAAUUUGCAACCACCAUUUAGCGGCGUUUUUUUAUGGAUAUGAAAAUAAAUGAAGAAAUCGUUUAAUAAGAAAUAAUUUAAUUAGAUUGUACAAUAAUUUUACAUGUAAUUGAUCGUAAUUGUAUACGUUAAUUAUGUAAAUUUGUUACAACAAAUUCAUUCAAAUAAAUGUUAAGAUAUUUAUAGCUAUGAACAUAUUCUGAUACAUUUGAGUUUUAUUUUAAAUACAUGAUCGGAUCGUUGCCUACUAUAUGUUCAAAAGUGAAUUAUAUUUGACUGCACAAUUCACAAUCGUCCUAUUUUGGGAGCAUCAAUCCGACAAAUCAGAAAGAUGUUUUUGGAAUGCCAUUGGGAAAGUUAUUUUGCUGUUUAUACUAAUAGAAACACUUUAAUUUUCUACCGUACCUAUCAGGUUUGCAAAGAUUGACCUUAUUAUCAAUAAUGACAAAAGAGGCAAUCUCUUUCAGCCUCGUGUAUUUUUAGAAAAAAUCUGAUAAGAGUUUGGUUCCAACAUGGCUUUAAACUCCUUCAAGAUUUAUUUAUGGUAUGGAGUUAAAGUCAAAUUUACUUUCAUAUUUUACAUUCUAACACUUUUCGAUUGUGUCACUAUACACACGGUAUGAUGCUGGUUAAGGUCUACAUGUAUAUGCGGCUGUUUUUUUUUCUCCCUCGUUAAAAUAGUUUACAAAGCCCAUAAUGCCUCAGAAGUGCUAUUAUCUUUAUUUCUCAAAAUUUUUUAACCUUUGUUAUCUUGUAACAGUUUUAAAAGAAGUACUCAUUUACUUUUUUGCUCUGUUGGCAAUUUGUAUACUUAUAGAGAAUUAGUAUUUCUGUAUGGAAGUCAAACUACUAUUUUGUUUACAUUUUGCCGCCUUUAUGACACAGUAGUUCGCAUUCAGCACUACUUUCUUCGUUUGUAAAACAUCUUUUACUACUUAAACAUUAUUAAACACAUGUUUGCCAUUUCUUGACAAUUAAAACAAUUAUGAAUUUCUAAGGUAUUAUAUGCCUUUAUGGCAACAAUAAUAACUGUCUUAAGUAUAAAAUCAUUUUAAAAACACACUAUC